UAAUACAUAUGAUUAAGCUCCACGCCGGUUUACUGCUAAUAUAGUUUUCUAAUUGCAAUUUAAUGUUAAAAAGUGUUUUAAGAACAAAUAAUAAUUUAAUAAAAUUAUUUCCAAAACACAAUUCCAAUAUGGCUGCAGGAAAAAGUUUAACAAGUAUUUUGUAUGAAUUAGAGAAAUUUGCACCAACUAGCUUGGCUGAGGAUUGGGACAAUGUGGGUCUUCUCAUAGAACCCUAUAACAAAACCUGUAUUAAAGCUGUAUUGCUUACAAAUGAUUUAACUGAAUCCGUGAUGGAGGAAGCUGUGUCAAAAAAUACUGAUCUGAUAAUAUCUUAUCAUCCGCCAGUAUUCGCAUCUCUUAAACGUAUAACACAAAGUAAUUGGAAAGAACGCAUUGUUGCGCGGUGUUUGAAGGAAUCUAUUGCAGUGUAUUCACCACAUACUUCGUGGGAUUCUGUAUCUGGCGGUGUAAAUGAUUGGUUAGCUUCAGCACUACCAGGCAAUAAUAUUAAGCCAAUAAAGGAUGUAUAA